AUCGGCUGAUGUCAUAUAUAGUUCCUCCUGCACCAGCGCCAACCAAUGGAGUAAAUAAUACACCAUCUGUGAGGCCAUUUCCGUCAAAUCUCCCUGUUCCCUUCAUGUCACCUCCAACCAUAUCUCCUGCAACCGACCCUGUACGAUCUCCAUUUAAACCACCAGGUUCCGGCUGCUUCAACUCCUCCCCCUACAAUAAGUCCAUUCCCUCCAACUCAUCCCUCACCAAAAUCAGCUGCAGCUCCUUCCAGCCACAAGAUGGCCAGGCACUCAAAGAGUGCCACUAAUCCCAAAUCAUCUCCCGAAAUAGGCUAUCAUUCACCUGCUUCAUCCCCUAACAUUUCAUCACUCAGUCCCCGCUAUGUUAGGAGAAAUAAAACGAGUCAGGCUCCAUCACCAUCUACACUUCCUUCUUCACACAAGCGAGCUCCUCUAUAUCCUCCAAAACCACAUCAAGGAAGUGCUGAAGGGAUCCAUGCUCCAUCGCAGGAUAGUGCAGAUUCUUCAAUCUCUCCAUCAUUUUCCUCACGUCCUUCAUCAAGUGCUCACAUCUCACGUACACAAGCACCAACAAUUCCAUCUGGAAAAGAGACAAUGCUUCAUCAUUCCCCAAAAUUCUCUCCUUCUUGGUCUUCACCAAGUCCAAAGAUACCAUUGACAUAUCAUGGAUUACCACCUCCACCACCUAAUGAAGAAUGUUCAUCCAUUUCAUGCACGGAUCCGUUAACAUAUCCUGUUCACGGAUCACCUUGUGUCUGUGUCGUGCCCAUGCAAGUUGGAUUGCGCAUAACCGUUUCUUUAUACACGUUUUUCCCUUCGGUUGCUGAGUUAUCGGAUGAAAUUGCUUCCGGGAUAUUCAUGAGACAAAGCCAAGUCCGCAUUAUGGGAGCAAAUGCAGAUAGCCAAGACGAGGAAAAGACUGUUGUUCUCAUUGAUUUGGUGCCGCUAGAAGAAAAGUUUGACAACACUACUGCUUUCCUGACAUAUCUGAGAUUCUGGAAUAAGCAGAUAGUUUUGAAGUCUUCUUUAUUUGGUGAUUAUGAAGUUCUCUAUGUGCACUAUCCUGGUCUUCCUGUCUCUCCUCCCCCUUCAAGCACUGGCAUCAUAAAUGGUGUGCCUAAUCAUGGAAACAAUGGUAGGACAAAACCCCUAGGAGUUGAUGUGAGUGGGCAGCAGCAUCACAAGCAGGGGCUUAGCAGCAGCAUUGUUGCUAUCAUAGUCUUGUCCGCUUUCCUAUGUUUGGUUUUAUGCAGUUUGUUUGCUUGGAUUUUAUUGUUUAAGGAUAGAGAGAAUCGAGAGAAGCUAACUCCCAUAGCUUCUCUUCUUUCUGCAUCAAAACCAUCAGGGAUUGGUGCAUCCUUACUUGGAAGCAUGCGGAGUUCUGCUUCAAUGUCGUUUGGAUCUAGUUUAGUGGUUUACACUGGAUCAGCCAAGGGAUUUAGUUUGAUAGAUAUAGAGAGAGCAACAGAUAACUUCAACAGUUCAAGAGUUCUCGGUGAAGGCGGAUUUGGAAAAGUUUAUAGUGGGGUACUUGAAGAUGGUUCAAAAGUGGCGGUUAAGGUUCUUAAGAGAGAUGAUCUUCAGGGAGGCCGUGAAUUUUUGGCUGAAGUUGAGAUGCUUAGCAGACUCCAUCACAGAAAUCUGGUUAAAUUGAUUGGUAUAUGCACAGAGGAGAAUGCUCGUUGCUUAGUUUAUGAACUCGUCCCCAAUGGAAGCGUCGAAUCUCAUCUUCAUGGAGUUGAUAAGGAAGCUGCACCUCUCGAUUGGGGAGCAAGAAUGAAAAUUGCACUUGGUGCUGCGAGGGGAUUGGCUUAUCUGCACGAAGAUUCAAGUCCCCGUGUGAUACACAGGGAUUUCAAGUCGAGUAACAUCUUGUUGGAACAUGAUUUUAUGCCGAAAGUAUCUGAUUUUGGGUUGGCUAGAUCUGCAAUGGAUGAACAAGAUACGCACAUCUCCACACGGGUUAUGGGAACUUUUGGAUACGUGGCUCCAGAAUAUGCAAUGACGGGUCAUCUUCUAGUGAAGAGCGACGUUUACAGUUAUGGAGUAGUUCUUCUCGAGCUUCUAACAGGUAGGAAACCUGUGGACAUGUCUCAACCGCCAGGUCAAGAGAAUUUAGUAGCAUGGGCUCGUCCAAUGCUCUCCACAAUAGAAGGUUUUGAAUCGAUAAUAGACCCGUCUCUAGGACCUGAUUUUCCUUUUGAUAGCAUAGCCAAAGUGGUUGCAAUUGCCUCAAUGUGCGUCCAGCCAGAGGUAUCUCAUCGUCCUUUCAUGGGUGAAGUCGUGCAGGCUCUGAAACUAAUGUGUAACGAUUGUGAAGAUGAUGCUGUGUCAGUCGAAAUGGAUGCUGCUAGAAGCAGCAGCAACUCCGACAUGUUGUUCAAUCAUUUACAAUAUUGCCAUUCCCCGGUUUCAAACUACUGUUCUGGGCUCGACGCAGAAAGGGGAUUCACUGUCUCGGAUAUCUUUGAUAAUUCGGUUAGGCUUGGGCGACAGAAUACAGGGGUGUUUCGUGUAUUUUCUAGUUCGGGUCCUUUGAGACUUGGAGGAAGGACUAGGGAGGGACUUUGGAAAAAGCUGAAGAAAUUAUCGGGUGGAACAAUGAGCGAACAUGGAACUGAAUCGUCUAUAUAAUGAUGAACUUCUUGCUGGAAUUCUUCGAUCCAAUUUGAUGAAGAAUUUCCAAAUCUUAAAUAUUUUCUGGAAUGGAAGAAACCAACCAUUUGUUUUUACUAGGAAAAAUAUUGGUUUCUUUCAUUCCUGAAUUGUGUAGUGAGUGUUUCAUGUUUGUGCCACGGACUGCAUUUCUUUCAUUAAUAUAAAAGAGUAAAGAGUCCGUAAAAUUUUAUUA